AUGUCCACCAGCUACUACACUGUGGCCGGCGCCAGUGCAGCGCCGGCAGCUCCAAUAACGCGGUUUACCCCCGCGGACUUCAAAUACAACGGCCGCGUGGCGCUGGCGCUCCUGCCCUGCCUGCUGACUGUGGCUAUCAUCGGUGGCGUCAGUGUUUUAUCCUGUCUUACCAUCGGCGCCAUGGUCGUGUACCUAAUGGACGCGCUACAAUAUCGAGAAGGCGCUUUUUCGGGCGCCUGGCUGACAUUAGCGUGCGCCAACGUAGCAUUCACGGUGUCGCUGCUUACCAGUUCCGAUGCGCCGGUGAUCCUGCAAAUCUGCAUGAUCUUCGCGAUGCUGUUCCUGUCGAUCCUCACCGGCAUGUGGGCCUCCUUGCAGUUCAAGUGGCUGCAAAUGCAGUAUCCCGCAGCCGCCAUCUACUUUGAGCGCUGCGUCCUGACGGCGUCGCUGCCACUGGCAGCAGUAAUCCAUUGCCUGGGCUUGGCGACCUUUGUGCCGUACUCGGAUGUGCCAUACUAUCUGGCAAUCGUACUGGUGGCGCUUUACUACAUGCUUGGCCGGCCGCUUAUGUCGUCCUUUUACAACGUUAAGGCUGGACCCGCCGCCCUGGGUGGUGGCCCCGCGGUGGGCCCUGAGGCCGUGGUGCAGACCCGGGCCGACGGCGUCCUCAUGGCCGCGCUGGUGGUUUUCCUACCUGUCGCUACGUAUGCCGCCGUACACUGGAUCGUGCUCACCUUUCCGCUGCAUCUCUACUCGGUGCUGCUGCUCGCUGGUGGCAUGCCGCUCUGCCUGGCACUGCUGCCAGGCGGGAUGUGGUGGCUGGCACCGGCCAUGCCUGCACCAGUCAACGCCGGCCGCGGCGGCGCCACCGGCUCCGCCGCCACGGACGGCCCAUCGUACGGUUCCACGCCGUACAUCGCCACGCCUUCGCGCGGGCUAGCGGGCUUCCUCCGCAAGACAAUCAUUGCGGGGGCACUGCUGGUGGCGUUGGUAGGCUUUGAGGGGCGCGUGGUGUUCCACGGCUUUGGCCAAUACAUUCAGCUACCACCGCCUUGGAACUGGCUUGCGGUGACGUUUGCGCUGUUCGGAUGUGCGGCAGUGCUGCUGCUGCAUCUGACGGGCGCAUUGGGAGCGACUGUGGACGUGACGGUGGCGGGCUGCUUCCUGCUGCUGUGCACCACGGCGGGCUCGCUCGCAGCCGGCGUGCCCUUCGCCUGGCUGCCGGCUCCUUUGCUGGCCGCAUGUGGACUGUCGCUGUUCUAUUAUGACAGCCGCAGCCUGAGGGAGUACCUGGUCUUCGUGGUGGGAGCCUUCCUGACAUGCGUGUGGUUCAUGCGGCAUCACUUCUGGUUUCUCAAUAUCCUGGUGUCAGGCAUGCAGCUGCACACCAUUUGCAAACUGGCGUUGGCGGCACUGGUGCCCGCGCUCACCGUGCCGGGGCUGGUCAUUGCAAGGCCCUGCAUCAUCCCGAACCCGCCCGUAUUCCCCGUAUUGCAGAUGAACGCGCACGUCGUUGGCGGGCUGCUGGUGAUGCAGGCAGUGCUGUUGUGUGUUAUGGAGGAGCGGCUGUAUGACGCAGGGAACCAGGACGGGGCGCCGGAGCCCAUGUAUCCAGGGUAUUUGGUUGUGGCUACCUCCCUGGUGGGCAUGGCCGUUGCCCGCCUGCUCACUGGCCGCGGUCGCCUCACCCCUCUGGCCUCCUGGCUGUUGUACACCCUGUACGGCGCAAAGGCCUCCAUGCUCGUCAUUCCCGAGGGCAACCUGGUCGUCGCGGCCGCGCUGCUACUGGGCGCUACCAUCGCGCCGUACUUUUUCCACGGCCCCUCCUGGAUUCUCAACACGCCCGCCGGCGCAGCCGGCGGAGCGCUGCUAGCAGUGGCGGCAGAGCCGCAGGCGCUUACGGCAGCGACGGGCUCGACGGGGCCAUCUCGGCCCCGCCGGCUGCGGCUCGCACCGUGGCAGGGUCUGGUGCACGUGGCGUCCGUGGUGGUGUGCGUGGCGCUGGCGCGCUUUGCCGUGUUCGAUGUGGUGCAGUUUUUUAUUUCUGCGCGUCCGACGGAAGGGCUGCUGCUGGGCUGUCUGGCACUGACGCUGGCGGCAGCACUGGUGCCUCUGGCGAGCCACUGCUACGGCGGUGGCGGCCCUGUGGCGCGCGGUGCCGCAGCGUUGGCCCUGGUAGGCACCUUGCUGGUGCUGCUGCAGCCGCCGCUGCCGCUGGCUGGCGGUGCACGCUGCCCUCGACUGCCGCUGUCGCUGUGCCCGCGUCUGUGGGACGAGCGCCAUGUGCCCAUGCACAGCGCUGAGGACGUGGAGGUCUGGGGCCGGGGUCUGAGCAGGAGGGAGCACUGGCCCCGCUGGUUGCUCAUCGCCGCGGUGGUUGCCUGUCUGGCCACCACGGGAGGAUCGGGGCCCGCGGGAGUGGUGUCCUCCCCUCGCCGCCUUACGGUGGUGGGCCGGCUGGCACUGGCGGGCGUAGCUGGGCUGCUGGUGGGGGGGUACACGGCCCUGGAGCUGUUACCUAGCCAGUUGCCCCUGCAGCUCUCCCUCCCUGUUCCUCUUCUCAGUGCUUCCAUCUAG